AUACACAAGGGAUGCCUAUUUGAACGAGGCAACUAACUGCUAGACCUUAGCUCACACACAGUCCGUAAUAUGGCGGGCGGAGAAGUGUACUUCGAGAAGCUAAGGCCGCCAGAGGUUGCCGAAUGUUUGACCAGAGGAUCCACAUUUAUAAAAUGGGAUGAUGACUCUACAACCGGCCAAAAAUGUGUUGUGAAAGUAGAUCAAGCUGGUCACUUAAUCUAUUGGAAAGCCGAAGACAAAGAGACAGAUUUUUUGGAGCUAACUUUCAUUCGUGACAUUAGGACAGGUAGAUCGGCUCGAAUGCCAAAGGAUCCCAAGUUAAGAGACUCUGUGAGAACUGGUGGUACAGACGAGGAAUUGCUAAACAAAACAGUAACGAUAGUACAUGGAACGAAUAUGGUAGAUGUGAUUUUCAUCAAUCUAGUAUCAGGUUCAGCAAAUAUUGCCACUCAAUGGACUGAAGCAUUAAACAAACUGAUACAUAAUAUUCUGGCAAUUAAUGUAUGCCCAUCGACAUAUCUUCAGAAACAUUAUACAAAGCUCUGUGUCACGGUUAGCCCAGAUGGAAAAGUUCUAGUCAAAAAUAUUAUCAAAUAUAUUACUAGCUCUAGUAAAGAAGACAGGAAACGGGUGCAAGAAGCCUUGCAGUCUGUUGGUUUACCACAUGGAAAGAAUGAUCUAAUAAGUCUAGAUGAAUUCACUUUUGAAAUUUUCCUCAAGUUCUACAAUCGACUUUGCAAUAGACAAGAUAUUGAUAAAAUUUUCUCUGAAAUUGCAAAGAAAAAGCCUUAUUUAACGACAGAACAAGUAGUGGAUUUUAUUAAUAACAACCAACGAGACCCUCGGUUGAACGAAAUUCUGUUUCCCUACUGUGAUCCUGAGAAGGCACAAGAAAUUAUUAACAAAUACGAGCCCAAUAAGGACUUUGUGAAAAAAGGACAUUUCUCGGUCCGUGGCUUAACAAGAUACCUCAUGAGUUAUGAUAACACAAUCAUCAAUCCAGACAGACUGUCCAUUCAUCAGGACAUGACACAGAAUCUAGCACAUUAUUUUAUUAAUUCUUCACAUAAUACGUACCUAACAGGCCAUCAAUUAACAGGAAAAUCAUCUGUAGAGAUUUACAGACAAGUACUGUUAAUAGGUUGUCGUUGUAUAGAGUUGGACUGCUGGGAUGGCAGAACAGAAGAACAAGAACCAGUAAUUACUCAUGGAAUGACAUUUUGUACUGAAAUUGCUUUCAAGGAUGUGAUAGAAGCCAUCGCAGAGUGUGCCUUCAAGACAACUGACUAUCCAGUGAUCCUAUCCUUUGAAAACCACUGCACCCCCAAACAACAGUCCAAGAUGGCUGCCUACUGUGUGAACAUCUUCGGAGACAUGCUGCUUGAUAAACCACUAGAAGAGUAUCCACUUGAGGAUGGCAAACCUCUACCUUCCCUCAAAUCAUUAUUAAGAAAAAUCAUAAUCAAGAAUAAAAAAAGAACGUCUAAACGAGAGGAAGGAAAUGAAAAUGACACUUCUGCUCAGACCACUAUAACUGACAAUACCACAGAAAAUGGUGAAAAUAAACCAGAAAUGAAUGGUGAAGUAGUAGAGAACAACGAUAAUUCAAAAGAUCGAGACCAAGUAGAAGAAGAAGCUGCACCAGAUACAGCUCUAUCUGAACUGGUCAACUACAUCCAACCAGUUCACUUCAAAAGCUUUGAGAACUCUGCAAAAAAAAAUAGAUCAUUUGAAAUGUCAUCAUUUGUGGAGACUGUUGCAACGGGACAGCUAAAGGAAAAACCUGUAGAAUUUGUCAAUUAUAAUAAGAGACAACUUAGUCGUAUAUACCCUAAAGGAACGAGAGUGGGAUCUGAAAACUUCAUGCCGCAGAUUUUUUGGAAUGCUGGUUGUCAGUUGGUUGCACUCAAUUUCCAGACUUUAGAUUUACCAAUGAUGUUGAAUUUAGGAAUAUUUGAAUACAAUGGCAGAUGUGGGUAUUUACUGAAGCCUAGUUUCAUGAGAAGACCAGAUAGAACAUUUGAUCCAUUUGCAGAGUCUACUGUUGAUGGUAUCAUCGCUGGGGCAGUAACAGUCAAAGUCAUAAGUGGUCAGAUGCUGACAGACAAGAAAGUUGGUACAUACGUAGAAGUAGACAUGUAUGGGCUCCCUGCAGACACUGUCAGGAAAAAAUACAGAACUAAAGUUGUCCCAAACAAUGGAAUAAAUCCUGUUUAUGAUGAAGAACCUUUCGAAUUUAAGAAGGUUGUAUUGCCAAGUCUUGCUGUCCUGAGAAUAGCUGUGUAUGAAGAAAGUGGUAAACUCAUUGGUCAGAGAGUAUUACCAGUUGAUGGACUCCAUCCAGGUUAUCGGCACAUAAAGCUAAGAAAUGAAUGUAAUCAACCUUUAUGCCUUCCUACGAUAUUUGUCAACAUUGUUACCAAAGACUAUGUUCCAUCAGGUUUUGAAGAUUUUGCUGCCGCUUUGUGUGAUCCAAUUGCCUACCAGUCUCAGGAAGAAAAGAGACAGCAACAGCUUGCUGCUCUUUUGGAUGAGGAGGAGGAGGUUGAUGGAGAUGAGGUAUUUGAAGAACGUCCACCUGAGGAAACAACUAAAGGUACCAGUACACCAAAGAAUCAGAACCAACAACCUGAGGAAAAAUCUAAAUUUAAAAGCAUGUCAUUCAAAAGAUCAGAACCAAGAGAUUCCUUAUCAGCAACAGAAGCAAUCUUAGGCCAACGUCGGGGCUCAUCAAUCUCCCAAUUCGUCCAUCGUGAAAGUCUUCGUGACACAUUUGGAGCUGGAAUGAAACCACAACUACAGCAUCAAGUCUCCAGUCCUUAUCCAGUAUCAGGAAGAGCACAGUCUCUACAGACACCACCACCAUCAGAAACAACUGCCCUCUGCAAGAGAACGUUCAGUGCUAAGAGAAGAGAAGGCAAGACCACAUCCCUUAUUAUCACCUCAGAGCCAGUCUACCACUGGUCACGGUCAUCCACACUGGUUCCUAAGCGUCGACCAAAAACAGAGGAAGACAUGUCGUGGAACCACAUAUAUGUGAAGGUUGAAGCUAUGACCAUAGAGCAGCUCAAGGAACAAAAGAAUUAUGUGAAGUUGUUGCAGAAGAACAAAAAGGAACAUGAUAUCUUGGUAAAGAAACAUGAAAAGGAGAAAGAUAAACUACAGAAAGGACAUUUCCUUGAACAGGACAAAAUGUUCAAAGACCUUGAAAAAGAAAAGAGUUCCUUAAAAAGACGGAUUGAAAAAGAACUAAGAAAAGCUGAAAAGAAGGGAAGUUAUGAAGAGACAUACAAAAGAGGAAUGGAUGAAAUCAAUUCCCUUUCCAAGGCACACGACAGUAAGGUUGAUGGCCUUAAAAGGGUACAUAGAGAUCACAUGAUUGAGUUGUUACAGCGUCAACUGGCUGAGCAGCUAGAAUUUUCCAAAAAGCAAAUUGACCCACAAUAUGAGGAACUAGACCGAGUCUUGCAGCAGUCUCAUGAAGACCAGUUAAAGUUAUUAGAUGACGUUCAUGCCAGACAAAUGAAUGACUUGAAGAAAGACCAAGACAAGAUGAACAGAGAAGAACUGAAAUUUUUAUCAAGACAUGUCAAAGAAAAAGAUGAAUUACAGAGGAGAAAGAGAGAACAAAACAAGAAGCAUAUUGAGCAGUCAGUCAAGGAAAGACAUAAGAUGAAAGACUUUCAUGAAAAAGAAAAGGAAGAAUUAAUUGUCGAACAGCAAAAGAUUUCAGAACAGAUGAAAUCAGACAAAGACAAGACUGUAAAGGAGCUACAAGCCCUGUACGACAAAAAAUACCAGUCAAUUCCAAGCUGCAACUUAGAAUCAAUUCAUGCAAAUCUGUUUGCUGAGGACAAGAUUACAAGUCUGUAGAAAUGAAUUAUUUGAGCAAUCAAAAAUAAGAUAUUUAUUGCUAGAUAUUGCAAAAUUAUUCCAAAUUCUUAUUUAAAUAGUAAUGAGUUACGAGUCAUCUAACAAAUCUAAUAUGCAUUCAAAGAUGGCUUUUCAUUAGACAAAUGUACAGAUACACYGACUCUGACAGACAAAAAAACAUGAAAAUAACAACUUAAUAAUUGCAGUUCUUAUCCAUCAAUAAUUAUCAUUACAGCAAUGGGGGAAUAAAAAUUAAUGCUGUCAGACAGCAUUUUAAAAUAUCAUUGUUAUGAGCAAUUGUUUGGAAACAAUGUUUAUAGGUUAAAUUACAGUGAUUGUUAGGCGACAUCACCAUUGCUAGGCAGCAGUGUUGUUUCUAGGUGUUAAUAUUGCUAUGCAGCAUCAUCAUUGCUAGGCAAAAGUGCUGUUGCUAGCUAACAGUAUUAUUGCUAGGCAACAGUGUUGUUGCUAGUGGACAAUAUUACUAUGAAACAGUAUUAUGGCUAGACAACAGAGUGGUUGCUAGGUACUGGUAUUAUUGCUUGGCAACAGUGUUUAAACUAGCAGCAGUAGGUCAGCUUUGUUUGUUUGACUUUUUCUGGCUCAAAGACAGAGUUGAUAGACUGGAUUUAAGAGUCACUUUAAGCAAAACUAAGAUAUUAGGACUUAAAUAAUUAAUUUAUUGCACUGUAAAAUAACCAAGUUUGUGAUUUAGGUUGUAUGUCCUCAGCUACAGAGAAUUUUCUUGUGACUUAAAAAAUAUGCUAGACUGGAAUAAGUAGACAUAACCAGGGAUAUCACUGUUGUUUUACAGAAGGGAAAGAGAUCAAGCUUCAAUAUUGUUUCAUAAUCAUGAAAGCUGCAUUGCUAAAAAUUAAAGUUUUUGAGUAAUUUUUCAGUUUCUUACACAUUUGUUUUACUUUUCACAAUUUUUGUAUCUUUAACUAAAAACAAAGAACUCAGACAAGAAGUUUUAUCUCUCUCUUUUAUCCCUACAGCUCACAGUUUUCAUUAUUUUAUAUUCUUUUGAUAUAACAAGUGAAAGAAGAUGCAACAAUUGCUAAAUAUGUAAAUAAUGGAAAAAGGGGGUUAAAUUCAUUAUUAAUGGCUUCUAGUAGGUAUCAUUAUAAAAAGAAGAUAUUUUAUAUGCCUUCUGCAAAACCUGUAGUACAGACAAGCUAUUUGUGACUAGUGGUUUCUGACUAGUGGCCCGCCAUGCCAGGUUGCACUAUGUAARAGUAAUUGGAUGUAUAGAAAUACGGUUGAACCUCUAUUAAAGCAGCUAACCUCUAAGUCCCAAA